GGGAGACGGUCGUCUUCUCAACCAGUGACUCACCACGAACUGGUUAUUAUAACUCUGAAAGGAUACACGAGUUUAUUUUUGGCCGCGAUUUUUGUUAAUCACUUUUGGAUUGCUCUCGCACGUUACGUAAACGAUGCGGGUUGAAGCGUGUGACAGUUUUAAACGUGACAAAUGUUCGUUUUUUUGGACAAAAUAACACAGUGGUUAUCUGGACUCCACAUGGAUUUUAACCCGCUAUCAAGAUAGAAACACGAAGAUUGUUUACACAAUAAACAAACUCGGGCUGUUUAUGUAUCGGUGCAGUAAAAGAGUGAUUAGUCUAUCACUUUUCUGUGAAUAGUGUAGUGUGUGUGUGUUGAGGAGUGGAAUUUUAGCCUUGAUUUUUUUUUUAUAUUUAAUGAUAUUUGUGAAAAGUUAUUCUUGAAGAAGUUUCUUGCCUGUGUCAAACUUGUUUAAUUGUUCCGAGAGCUUUUCGGAUUUCGAAGAGGCUUUUGAAUGUUUGAUGCUAGUGUAUAAUGCUGGUACCUCAUGGAUGGUGAGGGCAAGCUAGUGUUUUGGAAGGGUGGCAUGUGGGUGGAUGGUGCUCCCACCCUCAACUGUAACACCUGCAAGAAACGCCGCGAAGACAGAAUGAAUGCCAGCGACCGUCCCCCUGGCGAGCUGAAGAAGCUGUCAGAAGAGAGCUUGACGCGGCAGCCUGAGGAGGUAUUCGAUAUCAUCUGCAAGCUCGGCGAAGGCUCUUAUGGCAGUGUUUACAAGGCCCUCCACAAGGAGAGCGGGCAGGUGCUGGCCAUCAAGCAGGUACCAGUGGACACUGACCUGCAGGAGAUCAUCAAGGAGAUAUCCAUCAUGCAGCAGUGCGACAGCCCCUACGUCGUCAAGUACUACGGCAGCUACUUCAAGAACACCGACCUUUGGAUUGUGAUGGAAUACUGCGGGGCAGGUUCAGUGUCAGACAUCAUGCGGCUACGGAAGAAGACGUUGUCUGAGGAUGAGAUCGCCACCAUUCUCUGCGACACCCUCAAGGGCCUGGAGUACUUGCAUCGACGGCGGAAAAUACACCGAGACAUCAAAGCCGGGAACAUAUUGUUGAACACUGAGGGUCACGCGAAGCUGGCCGACUUCGGUGUAGCUGGACAAUUGACUGACACAAUGGCGAAACGCAACACAGUGAUAGGCACUCCAUUCUGGAUGGCGCCAGAGGUGAUACAGGAGAUAGGGUAUGACUGUGUGGCCGACAUAUGGUCACUGGGGAUCACCGCGCUGGAGAUGGCGGAGGGAAAGCCGCCGUACGGAGACAUACACCCCAUGCGGGCCAUCUUCAUGAUACCUACUAAGCCUCCGCCCUCGUUCAGAGAGCCAGACCAGUGGUCACCAGAGUUCAUAGACUUCGUGAGUCAGUGCCUGGUGAAGAUCCCUGAUGAAAGAGCGACGGCGGAAUUCUUAUUAGCACACGAGUUCAUAGGUAACGCGAAGCAUCCGAGCAUCCUGAGCACGAUGAUAGCGGAGGCGCGCGAGAUCCGCGAGAGCCAGGCCUUCCGCGCCGCGCACCACAACACCAACAACGCCAAGACCAUCGGAGCGGGCGACGGGUAUGACGAGGCCACGAUGAAGAAGCGUGAUGACGGCACGCUGGUGCCGCACCGGGACGCCACCGCAGAGCUGGCGGCCGACCUGGGCACCAUGGUCAUCAACGAGCCUGACGCCGACCUCGCCACCAUGAAGAGGCACGACACAGACCCUAUGGACACGAACCGCCCCAAGUACCGGCCGCUAUUCCUGGAGCACUUCGAGAAGAAAGAGGUCAACCACCUCAACAUGGCGACGCCGACCAACGGGACCUUAACACAUCUGCGGCUACCUUCCGUUGAUGAUAACCUCAGAGACGAGAACAACACAGGCGACGGCGCGCCAUCGAUAGGGCUUCAACGCGCGCUGGUGGAGGAAGGAAACUUCGAAUUCGUAAGUCAACUGCACGUGGUCACUCUACUCUCCGUAGAGCUCCCUGCGGUUCCUGUCGGAGCCAGAGCUAGAGGCGCGCAUGGCGCGGCUGGACGCGGAAAUGGAGGCCGAGAUCGAGCAGCUGCGCACGCGCUACGAGACCAAGCGCCAGCCCAUCCUCGACGCCAUACACCUCAAGCGGACGCGGCAGCAGAACUUCUAGCCAACACACUCUGAUCACACACAAACAUACUCAGUUGAAGAAAGGUCAAUGUGCGGGCGAGUGGUUCUUAUACCAGCUUGUUCAUUGAGGUUUUAAAGGGUUUGUGCUGAUGUAGUCCAAAAGACCUUUGUUGGUCUGACUAGUCAUGGUGAUAGGAAUAAAAUUACAGGCCUCACCUAUUUCUUUUAUCAUGACAGCAUAUCAAUUCCUUUGAAAUUGGAUUUGUCAACUUGAAUAGGUUUACCUAUAUGUGUUGGCGUUUUUGGAGAGAUGAAUUUUCAGUUUUAUUGGAAGCUCCAAUUUUUUAUGUUAUACAACUGUUGGGAUGAUAGAGUAGAAUGGAGGAGUUGCGUUAGAGAACGAAACAAUAGACGGUUUGAACAAACUUAGGUCAAUCCUAUGAAGUUUAUUAGACGUCACCUGAUAUACUUACAACUGUAUGUCGUCGUAUUAUAGUGAAAACUUCAUAAGCGCCUUUUGUUUCUUUAUAAAACCUCUCGAUGCAAGUACGUACGGGUGUUAGACCGUAACGAAUACUAAGGGGGAUGAUUCAGACCAUAAUUGUAAGUUGAUAUCAAGUGGAAUUUCCUGUCGGAUCUUUCGUGAUUGGUGUUAUUUUUUAAAUUCUUUUCGACGGAAAAUUCCACUUGAUAUCGAUUCGGAAUCAUGCUCUGAAUCAUCCCUCAAAGUUUUCGUUACGAUGUCACUUACACUCUGUAUACUUUUCACCCAGAUAAAAAUUUGCAUCUCAAUUUUAAAUCGAGGUUUUGCUCAAGAAAAUCACGUCAGAAUGUAAUUUUUCAAAAAGGCCCUUACGACAUUUUCACUACAAGGCGACGAUUUAACACGUUCACUGUGUAUGAACCACAUAUGAGGCACUAAAUUUGAAACUCAUAUGUGAGGCACUAGGGAAAAUGGGAAAUCGAAACGGGAGGCUUUUUAGAUUGUUUUUUUUCUUGUCAUUGUGUGUCUACAUAAAUAACAUUGCACGUGAGGGGUCGAUAUCGAAUUGUCAGUUACACAGCGAUCGUGUUAAGCUUAUACCACAUCGAUGAGUAUGGUGAUACCCUAGUCUAGAUUUAAAUUUAUUGUAAUUCGAAUUGUGAUAAUGUUUUAUUUAUUCUUAUGUGCUUUUCUAAGUCAAGUCUGUCGUUUGUCUGUCUAUUAAGACUCUUCAAUAUGCUAUCCUCCAUUUUCCUCUAGCUAUUCCAGGCUCUAUUUGUGGGGCUCAUUAGCUUAUUCAAACAAAUAACAAAUCGUCUUUAUUUAUUAACUCGGUCUCGUCAUUUUCGAGUAAAGUUACCAACUACAUAAUAAUAAAAAGUGUGCUUCAAUUGCUUUAUAUGACAUCUGCAUCAGUAUUCGAUAAUUAUUCUUUUAAAUUACAUAGCCAAAAACACCGUCUAAGGGCCCGGACUCCACCAAAGCGGAGGUUACCAAUGCGAUGUUUCUAUGGCUAAAUUCUUAAUACUCAACAUAAUUGCCAUUCAACAAAAAAAAACAAAUUCUAUUGGUUAUUCAAACGUACGUCCUCUCUGCUUCGCUUUUCUGGACACCGGCCCUUGUACUAUGACUGAAUGCACAUUUUAUUCUGUGCUUUACAAUAAUUUACGGUGCCAAUAAAGCGACUGACGUCAGAUGUUCCUAACAUUUGGCAUUUGUCAUAUUUCGUGAUAUUCAUUCACCAAAAAGAAACUAAAAGUAAUUACUAUAGGACAAAAUAAUAAUUACUAUAUCGAAAAAUCGGACCAUAUUUACUUAAACGAUGGUAGUUGAUAUUAUCAGUCGGUGAAGGCGGUAAAUGGUAAUCUUCUUCUUCUAUCGUGUGGGUUGUGAGGUGGAGUACCAACCUCAUCAACCCUGGUGUCAGGGUUUUUAUUGAGCCGCCAAAGGCCCCUGACAUGGCUCAUGUAACGACUACUUACUUACAUCAGUAGGUAGUAACCGGGACCAACGGGUUAACGUGCCUUCCGAAGCAUGGAUCAUCUUACUUUCGGACAAUCAGGGGAUCAGACUGUAAUGUCCUAACCAAACUAGGGACCACAAAGUAAUUUUUACGAUAUGUCCCCACCGGGAAUCGAACCCAGGACCUCGUGCCCAUCCGGAGAUCGUGAGCCCAACGCUCAACCACUGGACCACCGGAGGUCGUCGGAUGGUAAUAUCGACUCUAUAUUAUAUAAACUACAAAUUUAGCUAAAGCUACUGAAUUUCCGUCCUAUAGUAAUUACUAUAUUUUUUCGACUGAAAAUGGCCUAAAAUUUACUUGAAGCGUGACGAAAUUGUAAUGAAUUGAUGCCAUUUUGGUGCCAUGGGAAAAUGAACUCUUGUCACAAAAAUUGUUAUGAAAAACAACUUUAAAAUUGAGAUUACGAUUUCCCUUUGAAACGGACAUAUUUUCUGUUGGAUUCAUUUCUAUUUGUAUUGUAAACUACUAAAUUCCCGAUUUAAAAUAUGUCAGUUUCAAAGUGUAUAAUGUAGAAAUGUUUGGGAGUGGCCCAUAGGUGUAGAUAUACGUUGUUACUGUAGUAUUUGGCGGUUUGUUUCAGUAUGAGAUGCGUACUAACGUAGUGUUCACGAGAGUGUAAUUAUAAACAUUUGUCGUCACUCCAUCGCACUAUGUACUUCUAUCUUUUUCUGUUACUCAAAACCGUCAUUUGCUAGAGCGAGAGACGCUAUUGCCUUGACCAUAUUGCCGCGUGCGGUCGCUCUCUCUCGCUCUAACAAAUGACGGUUCGGAAUAACAGAGAAGGAUAGAAGCAUAGGAAAGUCCGAUGAGGUGAGGUGAAGUGGUUCAACCCAAUUUGUACGUAAGAGCUGAAACAUAUCCAUAAUCAAGUCUUUUUAUGGACUUUCUACUUUGUUGGGUGGAUGGUUAUAGUAAAGUAUACACGUUUACCUAAAUGGUAUAGGCCCGUCCCCCUGCCGCUAUUCAUUAUAAUUACUAAAACGGUGUGCUCACGUGCCCUCACUGUGCGCGGGAGUUUACUGUAAAGAUAGGCUACAUAAGCCGUCUUCGGGCGCAUCAGCGUGGUGCCGACUAGGAGUCGAAGUGGUCGCCAUGGCCAAAAUCGGUCGGAGAUCAUGUCAGUAGGCAGUGCUCCGUGAUCCCAUGUACUUGCGCGCGUUAGAUUAUUUGCUUACUACCGUUUAUACGAGCGUUCGAGCAGCGUCGGGCCGUCUGCGGCCCUGACAGGCUGCGCCGUGGGUUGCGAUAACAACUGUACGCUUCGGUGUUACAUUUUAGUACGCAGCGUUGGUACGGUCACGAGCAUUAAUAUGUAUACACUUUGGUACCAUGUCACAUUAACUUUUUUGACAAAUUGAACUGUAAGUCUCACUAAAUGUCAAAUAUGUUAGUGCGACAAAGUUCUAAAGUGGGUACAUUAUAUUGCUCAUGACUGUACGUGGAUCUAAAACCUAGUUCUUGGACGUCUUUGGUGAAACCUGGUUUCAAAAUCUGUUCCAAAUAUGUCACUUCUACCGUAAUAAACGCGUACGUAAGGGCGAACAGCAUCUUUAUUCAUAGUUACGUACAUUACAAAGGUCAAAGACUUUAUACGUCCAAACGGGAUAAUUACCGGGAUACCACUUCAGCACGUGACAUAGUGUCUAAGCUAAAAAAUCUACCAUCCACCUAGCAAAACAGAACAAUUUUCUUCUUCUUCAAAUCUAUCUACAUAAUGCUAAAAACAAAGGAAAACUCGUCGUGCGCGUAUUUAACUCAUGACAAUAUGUAAUGUAGAUAACGUUGUAAUUAUAGCUGAAGUUAUCGCUCAUGUUUGUUUAUUAUAUUAUUAGGCUUGACUAAUUUUACUGAGGCUUUUGACGCGAGAUUGGGGAGAGGAGGUGAAGUAUUCCGACACUAAAUGGCCAAGUGCAAGAAAUUCUUAAGUGAACUUAAGGACUUCGGGAACUAUCAACACGAUAAUAAAUAUUAGAUUACAACGCUCGCCACCAGUGCUCUUUUUUGUAGUAUGAGCAGGGACUGUAGUAUAUUACUACUGUUUCACCCUGGAGUAACUAGAUGUCGCUAACCGUAUAAGCUUACAUAUGCAUACCAGCGCCAUCUAGUGGCGGUAUUUCGUAUCAUUAUGAACACUUCGACAGUUAGUACAAAUCGCCAACGGUACUCUAUUUGCGCGCGUUUUAGCGAUUUAAGUAUCAUGUUACUUACUGCAUAUUAUUAUAACUGAAUUUCAAAUGUUACUAUUGAAAUGUCUCACAGGUCCUAUAAAUAGAUCUAGACUUUAUGUGCGUUUGUGAUUUACGAUAACAGUCGAGUAGGUUAUGUAAUAUUAUGUAUGACAGCAUCGUACGCCAAGUCUGGGACUAUAAUAAGGUCGUUUACAGGUUACCUGAUAGCUAGGGCUCUAAAAGGCGACAUUGAAGCAAUUCAUCUUUUGCGCUUAUGAAAAUAAAUGCGGAAUCUCAACAACUGUGAAAUAGCUAUGAUGCUUUUUAACAUGAAUUACUUCAAUGUGCUUCACAAAGGAAGGUUGACAACGCGCACUUACUUUUAAAUGCGCAAAUGUCAAAGUUCAAUAUUGCUUUUUAAAGCAAUUGCUUCAAUAUGGCCUUUUUAACUCCCAUGAUGUAUUAUUCACCUCUUUUCCCCUAGAUAUAAGAGCCUUUUUACCCCCACAAAGGGUCGGAUAUAGUUGUUUACAGUAAUAGAUAAUUCAAUAAGUUAAGUUCCUUUUAUCGUUUAGAUCUCAGUUAUAUCUCGCAAUGUAUUAUAGCUACGAUCCUAGAUGUUUACGCAAUUGUACAGUUUGAGUCUGUAGGGGUUGUGACAGUCAAAUUACUCAAUGGUUACAAAUUUUCCGUGAUAUAAUAUUCAGUUUCACAUAUUGAACGUUGAUAUAUGAGUACCGUAGAAAGCGCGUCAGACAAAAAUACGACGAAACUGUAUUCAUUCGUCAAAAAUUACGCAGGUGAGUCGUUCUUCUUUUUUAUCGACAAUGAUCUGUCCUUCGUUCUGCUUCUGAUAAGUUACCUUUUAGAAUUUUGUUUCAUGUUUCCAUUGUCCAAAAAUAUAGUUAUCUUAUUAUACUCAAAAUACAAGCAAAAUACUAAUCGGUCCCUCAAUUAGUCCUUAAAGUAGCUUGAUUGUUUUUCACAAAAUUCUGUGACAGAGUGGUAAAUUGAAAUGCUGUCUCCGAUGAAAAGGACCACUCUAUCACAAUAUUUUUUGGAAUGCGUCUAAAAAGAAAAGUAUGUUACCAAGAUAAAGAGAACCACUAAAUAGUCCUCUACAGACACAUCUUUAUAUGAUGUUUUAAAAUAUUUAAUGCCGUUGUAAUUUUAAAGAUGUUAAAUCCGAUAAAUUGAGAAAAUGUCUUUUUAUUGUCGAUAAAAAAGAAGAACGACCCAGGUAUGGUCGUCGUCUUAGCAUCUAUAGCGCGUGGUGAUUCCUAAUAGCCCAGUCAUAUUAGGUAAAAAAAGGGGUCAACCUCGGAAUGAGAGAUAAUAAGCUAUAAAUUGGUAUGGACCUUUGUUUUGUCGUUUUAAAUGUUGUCUCAAAAGUCACAAAUGAUACCGUGUCCGCGUCUUAAGAUAUUGAAGGUCAAAGGUCAUAAAAAUUGGUUUUUUGUGAAUAUCUCGCUUCCUAUUGCUUAAAUGAUAUUUUUACCCAUAAUAAAACUUGUAGAGUAUAAAAUUCUCUACAAUUUUCGUUUCAUGUAUUUUUUUGAUACGAUCAACCGUUUUUGAGGUAGAGCGCGAAGAGUGCGCAGCGCACAGUUAUAAAUGGUCCAAUGCAAGGUCAAGCGUGAGUUACGCUUAUCAGUACGUGAUAUAAAGUCUAUUAUUUAUUAAAUUAUUAUAAUUAUUAAACAAUGGCCAUUAUUUAUGUGCUAAUUAUUAAUUGUUGAUAUUUUAUUAAAAUCAGUAACUUAAUUAUUUAUAUUUAACUAUUCAACUAUAAUGGUGCUAAUUCCUGUAAAUACCAUCUAAUUUUAUUUUAAGUUAUAUCUGUCCUUUUCUUAUCCGCCGAAAAGGAAAGGGACGGGUAAUCGACAAGCAUAAAAUUUAUGGAACACACGUCAAUUUUAAGCACAAAUCUAAACCAACCGUCUAAAAAUUUUACGUCAGUCAAUAACCCGACACAUUAAUUUACUCAUUCUUCCUAAAAUUAAGAGCUGUGAAUCAUCCGUCCCUUUCCUUUUCGACGGAUACGAAAAUGACGGAUAUAACCUAAAAUAAAAUUAGGCGGUGUCUGCAGGAAUCGGGGCCAAUAUAUUAUUAAUUCUGGAAUAUAUAUUUUCAGUUAAAAAGGCAAUAAGGGGAUAUAUUUUAUGUAUAUCUUUAUUUAUCAUUAAAUAUGCCAUACUAUACAUUUGUUGAAAUGUCAGUUUAAAUAUCAUAACAAUUUUUAUUGGUUUUAAUUAUAAUAAAAUUGUGAAUAGAAGCUAGUUAUCUUCAUCUUCUUCGUCGUCUUCUUCUUGUUGUCGCUCGAAAACGUUCAAUUCAUUGUCAUCAUCCUCAUUAUCGGUCAUAUUCAUCUCCAAACCCUCCAGAAUUUCAGGAUCGUAUGCGUUUUCUUCAUCGGGAUUACUUGGAUAUUGUGCAGCGUUCAGGCAAGCUUGUCCAUUGCACUGGCCACAAGCUAAAGAACAUAGUAGCUCUGAUUUUCGACAUCCACAACGGGAACCACAACCAUUUUUGCAAUUGCAAAAUAUUGUAUUUAGUAGUUCGGUUGGUGCUGGAGGUAAUAACGUUCUUAUGAGCUCCAGGAUUCCAUUUUCAAGCAUCCAGCCCCAUUCUUGAGGUUCUAAGUCAUUCCCUAACCACGUUUGAAUCUGGUAGUAGACGCGAUUUAUAUGUUGAUGAGCUGCUACACUUAAUGGUGGAAGUGUUGACAAUUGUAUAGGUUUAUUUAGUUUCGUUAACUUAAUGAAUUGCGUGUAGCGAAAAUGAUCAAUGUUGUCCUCAGAUUUUGGAGCAUUAUAUAAUGCCAACAAGAUGCGUACUCCAUUUUCAAAUAAUGUUUGUACGGGGCAGUUUUCUUGUUGAAAUACUUCCACCAGUUUAUCCAAAUUGGGAAUUUUCUCCAAUGCUCUGGUAACAGUUUUUUUUCCUUUUUUAAACAGCGCAGAAGUCGUGUCACAGCCACUAAAUGCGUGUAAAAAUAGAAUGUGUUUUUUAGUACGCGGAUAUUGGUCAAAACUUUUGGAAGAGUAUAUUUGUAUCUUAACAUUGCCUUUCCCAACAUUUUUAAAGAAAAUUUCCUGUUGAUGUGAUUGAGUACGCCCAAUUAAAAUUACGAGCAAAUCAAUAUCUUCUCCUAUGAUGACGGCAGUCUUUUGAUGUUCUGAUAAUGCAAUAGCUGUCUCGAUGAUGAGAAGGUCAAUAGAGAAGGUCAUAGGGUAGGGACAAGUAUAUCCAGGUAUAUAAGCAUUGAAAAAUUUACACGUUUUGAAGAAAACGUAUGUAAUGACGUUUUAACUGAAAAUAUAUAUUCCAGAAUUAAUAAUAUAUUAUAGUUGAAUAGUUAAAUAUAAAUAAUUAAGUUACUGAUUUUAAUAAAAUAUCAACAAUUAAUAAUUAGCACAUAAAUAAUGGCCAUUGUUUAAUAAUUAUAAUAAUUUAAUAAAUAUUAGACUUUAUAUCACGUACUGAUAAGCGUAACUCACGCUUGACCUUGCAUUGGACCAUUUAUAACUGUGCGCUGCGCACUCUUCGCGCUCUACCUCAAAAACGGUUGAUCGUAUCAAAAAAAUACAUGAAACAAAAAUUGUAGAGAAUUUUAUACUCUACAAGUUUUAUUAUAGGUAAAAAUAUCAUUUAAGCAAUAGGAAGCGAGAUAUUCACAAAAAACCAAUUUUUAUGACCUUUGACCUUCAAUAUCUUAAGACGCGGACACGGUAUCAUUUGUGACUUUUGAGAUAACAUUUAAAACGACAAAACAAAGGUCCAUACCAAUUUAUAGCUUAUUAUCUCUCAUUCCGAGGUGAAACCCCUAAAAUGACUGGGCUAUAACGCGGUCGGAUUAUACAAAUCCACAUGUUGCCAGUUCGUCACCUAAUCGCGUACUAAGGCAUGUUAGAACAUGCGAAGCUAUUUCUGCUCUAACUUUUCGUCCCACUUUUAGAGCGCUCAUAUUCAAUCUACGGUACUUGUAUGUCAAUGAUAUUGAAGCAAUACUUUUCUCUUUAUGUGUAAGAAGAGUUUAUACGUUAUACCUUAUCAGAUUUAUAAACUAGAUUGUCAUCUGUGAUCAGAUUUUUGGGCUGCUUGUGAUGUAUUAUGAAGUAUUCAAAUAUAUUUUCAACUGGUGAUAUUUAUGAAGCGAAGCAACCCAAGGUAAUGAUUCACAAUACGAUACCCAGUCCCAUAGUUGCAGAGUAUUUUGCUAGUGUAUAAGUAAAUUAAUAACUAAAUAGUAGACAAAGUUGAUUCUAGACUUCACUUCUUGUACAUUGAAUUGUUCUACAAACAUUUAGAAGUGCCAUUAACUAUAAAAUUAUUGUAUUUUCGUACUUCGAGCAAUAGCGUUAAAUUAGAUUUAUCUUCGGUCUAUGGAUUGGAAGAAACAUAUUUUCGUGCCAUGAGAUUGACCCAUCUGAUGUAUUUUUUAUAUUGUACGAGGAAAUUAAAACGAAAUUGUCGUGUUAUAGCCAUUAUUUAUUGUAACAAAUACUUUUUUAACUUAUCAACAACGCGGCGGGCGGUGUGUGAAGCUCGAGGUAUGUUUUACCUAAAUUAUUCAACUAAUAAUUCAUUUGCUUCGGCCAGGGGUACUAGUUAUUUAACUUGUUCACACACCGCCCUCGCUUAUCAUAAUAUUCGGCCUAUUUCGGAAUGAUUUGUUUGUAAAUGUACAGGGUAAAUUAUAUAAUACGUAUGUUUAUUGGAAAAUUGCUUAGCGGAUGGCUUAGGCGCGUGUUAGGUUCGUUUUGUUCUAUGUUCUAGUGUAUAAUAUUGUUUCACUCAAUAGUCAAUGGUGUGGCGGAAUCGAGACAUAUCUAAUAGUUGUGUUGUUGAGAUUUCUACCAUUAGGAGCCUCAUCGGAAUAGUCGGGUAGUGUAAUAUUGUGUUAGUAAUUGUACUAUGGAUGGACCAAAGCCAAAGUGGGCGCGUGAUUAUGUAUGGAAACGUGAACAAAACCCAUAUAACAAUUAUUAUACAGACCAAUGAUUUAUGAAGCAAGUUUUGAAUGAAUUUAAUCAGGAAUUCUUAUAUAUUCAUCCUUUUGGGGUUUUAAUAAAUAUUACCGUGAUGUUUAUAAAGCUGGGGUGAGCGAGUGGUGUCUAGUCUAAAAUAUCGGCGCCUUACAUUAAAAACUUCGUAAGCGCCUUUUAUACACAUCCUGAUGUGUAUGCUUCAACGAAACCUCCUAAUUUAAUGGAAUUUGAUUACUCGAUAUCGAUACAGCAGAAGGCGACAUACAACAAGGCCGUAUAUGGUGAUGUAUCGGUAUCGGCAAUGUAGGGAGUGGAAUUAUCUGCCUUCUGUAUUUCCGAAUGCAUAUAACCCGGGUGCUUUCAAGGCCAGAGUGAACAGGCACUUUCUGGGCGAGCUCCAUCUUAGGCCUCGUCAAUGCCUUCGGGCAAGUCCGGGGCCAAGAGCAAAGGUAAAAAAAACCAUCGCGACCGUUGUGACGCAGGAGACUGUAUGAAUCCACGCGUGUCUAUAAAACUCAAAUAUUACGAAGAAUCCGCGCCAAAACGCUACCGCCGUCACUUGUGCAUACAUAAGGCGUAUAGAACAUUCCGAGGAGGCUCUAUCGAACAAAUAUUGUUGCAUUUGGUUUAGUGUUCACGUCGCCGGUUGUUUGGUGACAUUAUGUACCUUAAGUCUUCGGUGCACGUUCCACUAUCGCAUAUGUAGUGGAUUUUGUAUUAAUUAUUGUGAUGUUUUUGAUAGUCUUAUACUGACGCUAACUUUGUUCGAGAUAUGAUGAUAAGAUAGGUAGAAUAGCAACAUUGUCAUAUGAAGUUACAGAUACACAGGCGAAGAAAGAAACAGUAUAUAAAAGUUAAAGUGUGAGCCACGUCAGGGACCAUUGGCGGCUGAAUAAUAACCUAUCAGGGUUAUGAGGUUGGUGAUCGCCUCGCAACCUUGACACUAUCGAAUCACAGGAGAUUUAUACUAUAGUGUCACGUGAGAGAAACAUCUCCCAUGACACGACUCGGGAAGCGCCUAGGGAAACAAAGGAAAGUUAAAAGUAAUGAAGAUCCAUACUAUUUAUCACGAACUAGUCAUCGACGUCUAUCUUCAGCGCAGUUUAAAGUUAGCGUCAGUUCAAAGAAGAUAUUGUCUCGUGCACCGAAGACGAGGCUUGUAUAGUUUGUUAUAGGGAGGAAGUGCACUUGGUAAUAAGUAGCUGUUGAGGUUGAUAGCGACGCAUUAUAUUUUUGGACAGACGACUCACUGAAUAAAAAUAUAAAAAAAACA